AAAAGAGAUGUAGCUGACCCAAAUGAUUCUCCAUUUCAGGGCAGAAUCGGAGAGAAGUCUGGCUACUUCCCAGCGAACUAUAUCAUCAGAGUGCGGGCUGGAGAACGUGUGCAUAAAGUUACCCGCUCGUUUGUGGGCAAUAAGGAAAUGGGUCAGAUCACCCUGAAGAAAGAUCAGAUUGUGGUGCAGAAAGGGGAGGAGGUGAAUGGCUACAUUAAAGUUUUCACGGGCCGCAAGGUGGGAAUGUUCCCCGUUGACUUCCUCGAAGAGAUCUGAGCGGCUGCAGGAGCCGGGAGAAGGCUCCUCGCAGCGGGUUGUUCCCGACCCCUGACUUCCCACCCCGGCGUCGACCUGGCCGAGGUCAUGGUUCAUGGCUGCGCCCGAGCCCAGCUGGAAGGAGUCUUCGAGACAAACAUGGAGGACUGUUGCUACGGAGACCUACUUUGGUGUGUUAGGAAAGCGGUGUUGCGAUGCGAGGCAGAUAGUUUGAUGUUCUUUGUGUCCUGAGGGUAGCACGCGCUCGCAUGAGAAUUCCCAGUGUUGGAAUUUCGCUUUGGUUUUUGCAGGGAUUUUGAAGAAAAAUCUGCCUCAAAGCGUUCGUGGGAUCCAUUUUAAUCCAGUGACAGGUUUUUUUUUCUCUUUUUUUUGUUUUCAACACCCGAGUGGCCAGUGACAAGCAGUGCCCUUCUCAAAGGGCAACGGCUGUGUGAUCAAAAAAGUGAAGGGGAGGGUGGGGAUUAAAUCAAAAUCAAGUUGGAGAGGGACAUAAAACACUCAAGUGAAGGAUUUUAUCGACUCUUUAUUGACUGCCACGCCAAGCAAUCAAACGACAGAGGACAGUGAGGCUGGCAUAGACUUUAAGAAAGGCCGGAGGCUUCACUCAGCCUGUUCCCACGUCUUUAAUGGCCGCGCAGAGUUUUAAACCCCUUCCUAUCUCGUGAAUCCCUCUGCUGCCCACAGCGCAGGCUGUCAAUCAAGGAAAUGGAUCCUCAUCCGUGACAUUUUCCGUGGUGAGGAAUUCCCGUAAACAGGGAGUUAGAGGCCCAGCUCAGGAAUGGAAGGGAGGGGGAAGCGCAGUGGGCUGGGGAGGAGGGAGCUGAGAGCAGGUCACUGCUUGGAAACAGCUCUCAUUUGACACGCUGCCAUUAGACACUGCACAAUUAAUUUCAGAUUUGUUACAGUGUGCUCCUAUUUAUAGCAUUGGGUCGCUGCUGUCUGAUUUUCAGUUUUGCUGUGAUUGUGGAUUUAUUUAUAGUUGUUCGCGUUAAUGUCCUGAUUUAGACUUUUGCUCCCACUGAGUUUGACUUAAUUUGAGGUAUUUUCACCUCCUCGUUCUUUAUUUACGAGUUGACCCCAAUAAAGUCUCCACAUUCUCUUUCAAAGGAGCGCGGAGUCCAAGC